AUGGCUGAAGUUCCAACCGAAAGACCAAAAUAUCGAGCUGGUCGUAAACCAACUGCUGUCAAAGUUUACACAGUGAAUAACGAGUCCAGAUAUUUGGUAAUAGAAAACAUACCUGCUUUAAAUUUAAAAAAAGAAUUACUCGAAUUACUUUCACUUUAUGGAACUAUUGAAGAACAUCAGUUCUUAGAUAAUUAUCCUUGUGAAGAAUUUACUGAUGUUUACUGGGUAAAAUUUAAAUCAAUUUCUGAGGCUAGGGUAGGAAAAAGAAAAGUUGAUGAUCAUGUUUUUUUUGCCAAUCACUUGAGAGUUCGUUAUGGACCCGAAUAUGAAACUAUUGAAGAUACACGUCAAAAAUUAGAAGAUAGACGUAAAGUGAUCGCUAUAAAAACUCAUGAGAGAAAAGAUGAAAAAUACAGAAAAAAAAAAGAGACAGAAAGUACAGAACUUAAUCCAAAUCUUUCAUCAUUUUCUGAGUCUUCCACACAUCCUACAUCCUUUACACCACCUUUACCUCCCACAGCAUUUCCAGUACCAUUAGUUCAAAAUUUCCCUUCCGAACCUCCGGUACCUGGUAUUGAUUAUCAAUCGACAAGUUUUGCUUCUAUCUCUAACCAAACACCAUAUAUACAAUCAGAAGAUUCUCAAUCAUCCACAGUUCUUUCAAUACGUCAACGACUGAAAGAGGCUUCUACAGUGACAACUAAUGCUUCGAUAUCAGAAAAUAAUGCUGAUGAUAAAUUAGAAUCCGAGUCAUCAUCUAAAGUUUCUGCUCCGGAACAAAAAAGACGCCGAAGGAUAUAA